AGAAUAGUGAGCGAGGGAACAAGAGAGAGAGAGAAUAACACUGUAACGUUGGCAGACAGGCUUACAUUCGGACCACAGCUGUUAGGAUCAUCCUAUUGCAAUGGAUUGCCGGAACCAAGGGUGCAACCAGCCGCCAGACGAGGACAUCAUGGACAUCCCACUGGAUGAUCCGGCCGCAAAUAAGGCCGCCGCCAAGAUCCAAGCAGGCUUCCGCGGUCACAUGACCAGGAAGAAAAUGAAGGAUGAGAAACCCAGAGAAGAGAAACAACGGGAUCACAAGUAGAAGAGGAAGACGGGCCGGCCCCACAAGGACCACAGAGUGAUCCUGAGACUGGCAGAACACAAACACACAUCACUGCAAUAACCAGAGCUCCUCUCUCCAAGGGAACCCCCGCCCAUGUAAAAGUGACCAUAGAUCUAGGUUUGGAGCUUGUCCCCACAGAACCGAGAUCUCCCCCUUUUCUUCUCGUCCCAUAGUCAGGAUGUCAGGAUGGCUGUUCAGUGACACACAAACGAACCUCGCACACAGCAUGACUAUUUAUCAUUCCAGUGAACGCUCUAGUCAGUUUGGAAAUGUAGGCCUACUGUUUUUAAGUGGAAUGUUUCUUUUUUUGUUUGGCUGCAGGUUUGCAACAUAUAGCCAACUACUUUAUUGCUUAAUAUAUCAUAAGCAGAGUACGUUCUGUGAAGAUUGUGAGGUUGUUUAUAUUCUAGCUCUUCACCUCUUUGCUUUAAUUAGUCUCAACAUACACAAAAUGCAUUUUAUUAUUACCGUUCAAUUCAUGACAGUUCCUUUUCUAAUGUGAUUUUCUUUUGCCUGUUAAAUAAAUCUACAGUCAAGUGCUUGGAUUUGGACGCUA